GAGCAAGCUUCUGACCGAUGUUCAGAAAGGCCAAUCAGAGCGUGUCGCCCCCAGGCCGGCGAGCCAAUAGGCGGGAAGGGAAGCGGGCUGCUGGCCGGAAGUGGUGUGCCGGCGGUUACGCUGAGGGGAGCUCGGCGGGCAGGUAUUUUCCUCUCGCAAAAAUGGGUGAACCUCAGCAAGUGAGUGCUCUUCCUCCACCUCCAAUGCAAUAUAUAAAAGAAUAUACUGAUGAAAAUAUCCGUAAAGGCCUGGCCCCAAAGCCACCUCCACCUGUGAAAGACAGUUAUAUGAUGUUUGGUAAUCAGUUUCAAUGUGAUGAUCUGAUUAUUCGGCCCUUGGAGAGCCAGGGUAUUGAACGGUUACAUCCUAUGCAGUUUGAUCACAAGAAAGAAUUAAGAAAACUCAAUAUGUCUAUCCUGGUCAACUUUUUGGACCUCUUGGAUAUCUUGAUAAGAAGUCCAGGGAGUAUAAAGAGAGAGGAGAAACUGGAAGAUUUGAAACUGCUGUUUGUCCAUGUCCAUCAUCUUAUAAAUGAAUAUCGGCCUCACCAAGCCAGGGAGACACUGAGAGUCAUGAUGGAGGUGCAGAAACGUCAGCGUUUGGAAACAGCAGAGCGAUUUCAGAAGCACUUAGAGCGAGUUGUAGAGAUGAUUCAGAACUGCUUGGCUUCCUUGCCUGACGAUCUGCCUCAUUCAGAGGGAGGACUGAGAGUGAAGGUGGAAACCAUGGAUGCUGAUGAUGGCAGCAGCUGCACUGGACAGAGUGAAAAGCAGAGAGAGCGUUCUGGUGGCAAGAGAGAUCAGGUUUUAGACAAAGAUGCAGCUAUGUGUAGCAUUAUUGAUGAAAUGACAUGAGGCAAAUACUUUUUAUUAGCUCACCUUAGUGAGAGGCAGAAUGGAUUCUGAGGGUAUUUGUUGUAUUUUGUUCUGCUGUUAUACAAGCAGACAAAGCGUUUAUUGUACACCUCUUGGAGGCUGUGAGUGACUAGGUGGAUAAAAGUGUUUAAUGUUUUGUGAGCUCUAUGCUUAUUUGUAGAAACAAAAAAGUAUACUUUUUUAUGAAUGUAUCAUGUGAGGUGGUAGCCAGAGAUUAAAGUUAGAUUUUUCUGUUAUACUCUCAUUUGUCACUUUCUACUUUUUGGAGUAUGCUUCAUUUUGUUUGAAUUGUUUUAUAGUAUGGAAGCAAGUAAGGGAUCUGAGAGGAAUUGCAGUUAACAGUUCAUUUCCAAUAAGUGCUGUUUUUUUACAGUUUCAGUGGGUCAUUUCAAGUACACAUAAAUAAAUAUUAAAAAUAAAAUUAGUGUCAAGUCUUCAAAACUAAUUUCUUUCUGGCUUUGUAAUAAUAUCACUGUGCUAAAGAGAAUGUAAGCAUUCUUUUAUUACAGAUGUAGUGUGGUGUAACUUGCUUUAUAGGCACAUGCUGUCAGGAAUCUCAACAACUAAACGAAUUAAAAUUAAUUAAUUUUAUUUUUUCUUAAAUGUAAAUCAUAACCGGUCUUGAGCUUGCAAAAAUGUCUUUUUUUUUUCACAUAGAUGUUUAGACUAACUUGUAUUUCCUUCAUCAUUAGUAUACAUGCAUGAAGUGACUCAGUUAGCAGUACGGCGGCUUUGUAUUUGCCUCUUAGGUAGGCUCUGUGCCCAACUGGGUCUUUUUUUUCUCAGGAAGGAGAGUCUUAUCGAAUAAUUGGUCUUUAUGCUACUUGAGAAUUUCUAAGUUUAAAAGAACCUGCAAGCAUUCCAUCAAGUGGUGGCCAUAUCAACCAUGUUUAAAUAAAUGUGAGUUGUAUCAACCCACCAUAGCAAGAAGAAAGGAGUGAUUUGGUAGAGAAUUGGCUUCUUUACCCUCCUGCCAGGGAAAUCCUACUUCGGUCUUUUUGCCACAUAACACCACAGUAUGUCUGUUUUCCAAAGUUAUGUACAGAAGCUAAAACCAAGGUAAACUUUAUGGGUGAGGGAACUUGCACAAACUCUGGUUUUAAUGAUGAUUUAGCAACCUAUGUCUCUGUUUCAUUUGAUAAUUCUGUUGUUUUCAGAAGUGUUGCUUAAACGGGCAGGCAAAAGUACUUUGCUGGUGGGGGGGGGUUGAGCUCAGCAUGGAUAAAGAUGAAAUGAACUGAAGCAAGUGAGUGACUCACUGGAUGACAACAUCUGUUAUUUUAAGUGCAUGUGACAACGUAAGUAACAAUAAAGUAGAAAUAUUCUUUUAGAAAUGUAUAAAUAAUUUUACAAAGUUAA